UCCCAAUUUUCUAGAUGCAAGAUUUGAAUCCAGCUCUUCGUGGCUCCAAGGCCAACACUAUCUACUGCACCCAUACUGCCUCCCUUUAACCCAGCUGCUCCUUAUUCUUUACAGAAGAAGAAACCAAGAUCAUCGUCAUAUCUAGAGCACUUCUUACUAUGCCAGAAAUGGGGGGGGGGAGUAAUAGGAGCAGAGAACCCAGUUGGUUUAGUUCUUAUUCCUAGAGUCCUAGGAAAGAGCCUCAAUCUGGACUGCAAGUUCCUGGUGGGCUAGAAAGAUCGAGUCGUGCCCUAUGGUUGAUGCCCAAAGGCUCGAUUUGGGUUUGUAGGACAGAGCAGAGGGGGGAAGAGGAGGAGGAGGAGAAAGAGGAGGAGGAAGAGGAGGAGGAGGAGGAAAAUGGGGGCGUCUCCGGGAGGAUUGAGGCCCGCCACCAUUGGUCCCCGGACCUCCUCUGGGCCCCAGGGGCGAGGCCAAGGGUGGGAGAUAGCAAGGGGUGGAAGAGGCGGGGUCCGGAGCUGGUCCCUCUUGGGCUCGGGCAGUAGGGGCUAGUCGGGGACACGAACCACUGCAGCUGUUGGGAAGAGAGAGGAAACGGGGAAACAAGACGAGACGAGGUGCUUGAGCCAGAAACCCCCGCAGCGUCCCCGGACCUUCACUCAUUUACCACCAUCCCCCCAGCGCAAACCACUUGCCCUCACGUCCAAGAGCCCGAGGAGACAGCAGUGCUCAGCGGAACCGGUACCGCAGUCCGCGAUGAGGGAGAUCGUCCAUAUCCAGGCCGGACAGUGCGGGAAUCAAAUUGGCACCAAGUUUUGGGAAGUGAUCAGCGAUGAGCACGGGAUUGACCCAGCGGGAGGCUACGUGGGUGACUCUGCGCUGCAGCUGGAGAGAAUCAACGUCUACUACAAUGAGUCAUCCACCCAGAAGUAUGUUCCCAGGGCCAUCCUAGUGGACUUGGAACCAGGAACCAUGGACAGUGUGAGAUCUGGGCCUUUUGGUCAGCUCUUCCGGCCUGACAAUUUCAUCUUUGGACAAACUGGUGCAGGAAACAAUUGGGCAAAGGGACAUUACACUGAAGGAGCAGAGCUAGUAGAUUCAGUGCUUGAUGUAGUGAGGAAAGAAUGUGAACACUGUGACUGUCUGCAAGGAUUUCAGCUCACUCACUCCCUGGGAGGAGGGACAGGGUCUGGUAUGGGAACACUGCUCAUUAGCAAAAUCCGAGAGGAGUAUCCAGAUAGAAUCAUGAAUACCUUUAGUGUCAUGCCUUCUCCCAAAGUGUCUGAUACUGUUGUGGAGCCUUAUAAUGCUACCCUGUCGGUGCACCAGCUGGUUGAAAACACAGAUGAAACUUACUGCAUCGACAAUGAGGCUUUAUAUGAUAUCUGCUUCCGUACCCUGAAGCUUACCACCCCGACCUAUGGAGACCUUAACCACCUGGUGUCUGCAACCAUGAGUGGAGUGACCACGUCACUGCGCUUCCCUGGGCAGCUCAAUGCUGAUCUCCGCAAAUUGGCAGUCAACAUGGUCCCCUUCCCCCGCCUUCACUUCUUCAUGCCAGGCUUUGCUCCUUUAACAGCCAGAGGCAGUCAGCAGUACCGAGCCCUCACAGUGCCAGAACUCACUCAGCAAAUGUUUGAUGCUAAGAACAUGAUGGCUGCUUGUGACCCAAGACAUGGACGGUAUCUCACUGUGGCCACUGUCUUCCGAGGCCCAAUGUCCAUGAAGGAAGUGGACGAGCAGAUGCUAGCCAUCCAGAAUAAGAAUAGCAGCUAUUUUGUAGAGUGGAUCCCUAAUAACGUCAAGGUGGCUGUAUGUGACAUCCCUCCUCGUGGCCUUAAGAUGGCUUCCACAUUUAUUGGCAAUAGCACUGCAAUUCAGGAGCUCUUCAAACGCAUCUCUGAGCAGUUCUCUGCCAUGUUCCGCAGGAAGGCUUUCCUUCACUGGUUUACGGGAGAAGGAAUGGAUGAAAUGGAGUUUACAGAAGCAGAAAGUAAUAUGAAUGAUUUGGUCUCAGAAUACCAGCAGUAUCAAGAAGCUACAGCCAAUGAUGGAGAGGAAACUUUUGAAGAUGAUGAGGAAGAGAUCAAUGAAUAAAGAAAAUUUCCCUUACCACAUAAAAAUAUAAACAAAAGCUUAAUAAAAUGCCUUUAAAUGUA